UCCGUUUUUGACCUAGAACUUCAGGCGGACAUCAGAAGAAGUCUUAAGACCUUAUUGAUCGUAAGCCUAAGGACGAUCGCACUAGCUGGGACGGGCAUAAAUUGUUCGUCUGGAAGGUGAGAGUCUUAGAAAGAGACUUUCUCUUGCAAUAGCAAUGCCGUGCGGACCUAGACAUGCAGCUGGAAUCGAUGCUCCCUUCGGGAUGAAGACCCCGCGUGGAACAGAAGCUACGUGCGGACCUAGGCAUCCAGCUGGAGUCGAUACUCCUUUCGGAGUGAGGACCCCGCGUGGAACAGAAGCUACGUGCGGACCUAGGCAUCCAGCUGGAGUCGAUGCUCAUUUCGGAGUGAGGACCCCGCGUGGCACAGAAGUUACGGGCGGACUUAGGCAUCCAGCUGGAGUCGAUGCUCCUGCGAAGAUAGCUUAUUCGUUGGGAGGAGAGGCUACACAUAGAUGCUCGCCUCCAGAUAGCCCGAGCCGUUUGAUAUCGGUGCCACGCCAUUUUCGGCGCGCCUUUCGCAGCGACUUUGUCGGCGUUGGUGGACCUGGACCUUCAGCCCCACCUUUAUCGCACCCCUGCAAUUGCAAAUUUUUUCCAUAUCUUUUUCUGAAGAGACUCCAACAAGUUUUAGAAGCUUGACUAACUAAGUUACAAGACUACACAAUGUCAGAAAGCAGCGGCAGCCAUCUAAAUCAGCCUCUUGCCAACUACAACGCAGAACAUAAGAACAAAAGAAUAGGUAAAGCAAAGUGGUCACCCACAAGGCUCGAUUGGUCACCCUGCGCGCACCCAGGCCUUGAAGAUUCCUGUAACCCAAAGAUAUGGAAGGAGGCUUGGCAGGUCGAUCAUCCCAAAAGGGAA